AUGUUUUUCGCCAAGAAGAAACUCCCCUUUCUCUUCGACAAGGCGUCGAUGGAAAAGGCGGCCGUGGCCCGCGGCAAGACAGUAGACGGGUCGUCGGAGAGCGGCGACUCGUUCCUCGACGAGGAGGAGAUCCGCAAUGUGCGGUCGAGGAAGUAUUCACAGAAACGAUGGUGGAUAGGAUUCUUCACCAUUCACUUGUUUAUCCUGGCCUUCUAUGCCGGAACGGUGAUCAACAUGCAGGCAGAGCUGUCCAAGUUGCGCAAGCACGGGCUUCAACUGAUCCAGUCGCCGGCCUCUGGAGCCAUGCAAUGGGCAGAACAUACCUUUGUUGAAAACAGCUUCUCGCAUGGACCUUUCUCUGGUUAUCCGCGAGAGGAGAUUGACAAGAACUGGCACGACCUCAUCAACUAUGAAAACAUCAUUAUUGAGCCUGAAAUCAUCCGGAAGCUUGGUCGCGAAGACAUUGCCGUCGCCGACCCUGAAGGCCGAGGAUACCUUGGAACACUCAACGUCUAUCACCAGCUUCACUGCAUCAAGCGGCUUUGGCAGUACAGCUACCCGGAGGUAUACCGACAGAACCAGACACCCGCAGAGGCUGAGGCAGAUCGCCUGCACAAGGAGCACUGCUUUGACUUCCUCCGCCAGUCCGUCAUGUGCCUCGCGGACAUUGGCAUCAUCACGUAUCAGUGGACCAACGAUCGCAUGGUGCCCAUUGCCAAUUCCACCACGCACCAGUGUGCCAACUGGGAGAAGCUGGACGCGUGGACCAAGGAGCGGAGCGUCGACAUGAUGAAGCCGGGCUGGCUGAUUCAUCCGAACAAAGGAUAUGCCUACAAGGAUAUGGACCACCACCACUAG